AUGGCUUUCAAAGGGGAACCAUUGACAACACUCUCUUUAUUUACAAAAGAAGCUCAUGCUUUGUAUGUUCAAAUUAUGUCGAUGACAUUAUUUUUGGUUCCCUUUCCACAAAGAUGUGCAAGAAGUUCAGUGCUCAUGUCUAGCACCUUCGAAAUGAGUAUGAUGGGUAAGUUGACCUUCUUCUUAGGUUUGCAAUAUUACUCCAAAACCUACUCCUAUGUCCCCUCCUAUAAUUUACAUGCCGACCCUGAUGGGAAGUAUGUGAAUCCCACUUAUUACAGAGGCAUGAUUGGAUCGCUGAUGUAUCUCACAGCGAGUCAUCCUGACAUCAUGUUUGCCAUAUGCCUUUGUGCUCGCUAUCAAGCCUCUCCCAAAGAGUCUCAUCUUCUUGCUGUAAAGCGAAUCUUCAAGUAUCUUAAGGGUACCCACUUUGGGACUUUGUAUCCAAGAGAUUUUAUAUUUGAUCUUGUUGGCUAUUCUGACUCCGACUAUGUUGGUUGCAUGCUUGAUCGCAAAGCACCAGUGGAGGAUGCCACUGUUGGGGGGGGGGGGAGAGCUGACUAG